AAGUAAAUCUUGAUGACUUUCUAGUACCAGGAGAAAUAGAAAACACUACCAAUCCUAUUCCAACCUUAGAAUCAAAAAUAGAAGACACUACUGAUUUUAAUUUGACUGUAGAAUCAGAAAUUGAAAACUUAGAAGACUCUAUAACUAUCCUUCUAACUGAU